AUGGAAGCUGCAUUUCCAGCUAUAAUGGACUCCACAGAUCGCUCGAACCGUGGGGAGCUCAGCGCGCCGCAGAUGGUCAUCCAACAAUAUGCGCGAUACCCUCCGACCUUGGAAUCGACGUUACAGAGUGCUUCAUCUUUGGGGAGUGCUCGUAGCCAGGUAGCUACCAGCAAAUCGCCUCCCCUGCAGCGAAGAGAAACCCCCAGAAGUCUACAGUCUUCCCCAAGAGGCAGGCGUACUGGUUUACCUCACUCGGGGACAUCCAUGUCUCCGCCUGUUUUUGAGCCCCAUCAGCAUCAGCCGAUGAAAGACUCAGCCGAUCACGCAGAAUCUCGGGUCCUUCCAUCACGGGAUAUCACGGAAGAGACAAUUGAUGAUGCCUAUGUGGCAUUUAUUCUAUACUGCAAUCCUAAUGUUCCCUCCUCUGUCGACACUUCAGAGCUAAGAAAAACCUUCCGCUGUCUCCCGCGGAGCGAUGGGAAAAGCUUCAACAUAUUUACCUUAUAUGGACUGGUUCGAAGGCGGCUUCUAAAUGAAGAGUUGAAAACAUGGAUUCAACUUGCCAUCGAACUGGGUGUUGAGCCACCGUGCUUUGAAAAGAGACAAAGCGCCCAAAAAGUUCAACAGUAUACUGUCCGACUCAAACGUUGGAUGCGUGCUAUGCAUAUUGAUGCUUUCUUCGAGUACUGCAUAGGCUUACCCCAUGUCUACUAUACUCAGCUGCCAGCAUCUGGUCCUUUUGUGAGCGAAAGUCGCGACGGUGUGUCAUUGGAAGAAGAUUUAGCACUCAGGGCACUUGUGCCACAAUGGAAGCCCAAACGUGGGAGGAAAAGGGUGGAAGAUAGGCUCAACGAGGAUGACAAAAGCAUCAAGCGGCCACAGUUAGAUACAUCUGUGGGCGCCCUACAUCAAGGUGCCUUUCAGCCUCAUUCUGUGACAUUUCCACAAAGUGCCAUUCCUUUCAGUGCAUUCCCUGAUGACAUGGAUUCAAAUGACCCUUGGAUGGCCGCAUCAUCCGCUUUUCCAAGCGGUGCUGGGUCGGAACAGCAAGGUCAAGAUCUACGCUGCAGACUUCCUGACCGCGAUGCGUCUCCAGCAAAUUAUCCCCAGUCUGCUAUCAUCCCACGCAGUCACCUACCAUCGGAUGUCCACAUCUCUGCUGAACCACGAUCGGCUGUCACUCCAUCAACCGGCGUGAAGAGCGGGUCUAGGAGAAUACAUGGCCCUGCGGUCUCAUCGGCUUGGCCGAACAGCAAUGGCUCGUCUGCCACCAAGGGUCGAGGAAGGCCUCCAAAUAAGGGGUCGUCAUCGGGCUCUUUUUCCACAUUUCAAAUCAAUCAUGGUCGACAAUUCUCGCAGGCGCCAAAUUCCGACACACAGGCUCCUUCCAUUGCUAUUGACACAGUGUCAUCUCAGUCCUUCCAGACCCCUUCAUACAAUCAAACCCCCACAUCUGUCAGUCAAGGGAGGCCCAAUAAGCUUCAAUUGCAGGUUCCCCAGCACUCAGGAGCCCCGGUGCGACUUGCCACCCCGCCGAUGCUUGUAGUCAACGGUGUCAACGGCGCUGUUGUUCCCGGAUCAGGGGAGCCAUAUCCCCAUACCGCCACAGAUCCACCGAACAACCACAUUGCCAAUCAAACGUCUUCUUCCACUGGGAAUACUAAUACCAACACUGUUGCAAUUCCCUCCAUCGACGAAAUUGUCCGUGUACUUUCUUCAGAGCUACUUCGCGCAAGGCUGAUUGGUCGUACGGUUGCCCUCAGUCCCAAGGAGGCUAGUUCCAUGGCUUCGGAAAUGGUGAUCAACCUUUCUUCAAUAUAUUCCCAGUUUCAACUUGGUACUUCCUCCCUACUUCUCGCCUUCCAUCUUGGCAUCGGUCAUCAUUUCGGACUCACAGGCAGCAGUCCGGGGUCACUUGUCAUCAAGGUUGAACGUGCCACUUCAAAUAACGAUAGUGCCAGGGAUGUCCCUGGUUCUAAUGGAUCAGUGGGUGGAGCUCAGUAUACCAUCUCCCACGAGUACAAGACGUCAGGCCCGUUUUCAAUGCACAUCACUCUUGCACACGUCAACUCUGAUAUGGGAGGUCAGAACUCUUCUGAAUACGCGAGUGAGGCUGUGGUUCCAAGCAACGGAAAUAUCAACGAUGGCAAAACGGUAGACCUGAAUUCGGACGAAGAUGAUCCAGGAUAUCCUCUUUCUGAGGCAACAUGGAAGCAGCGUUAUACAAAACUCCGGGCUCAGAUGCACAAAAGGGACCAAGCUCUUUCACAGUACAAACGGAGGAUUGUGGAAUCCGUCAUGGCAGACAUAUGA